GCCGCGGAUGCAGAGGAGCGGCUGAUGAACUGGCUUCUGGGCAAAGACCGCUACAAUAAACUGAUUCGUCCGGCGAUGAACAGGACGGAGCGCGUCACCGUGAUCUUACAGGUGUCCCUGGCCCAGCUCAUUAGCGUGAAUGAGAGGGAACAGAUCAUGACUACCAAUGUCUGGCUCACACAGUACUGGCAUGACUAUAGACUGGCUUGGGACCCUUCGGAAUACGACGGCAUCGACAAGCUACGCAUCCCCUCUCGACACAUCUGGCUCCCCGACAUUGUCUUAUACAACAAUGCCGACGGUACCUACGAGGUCACGGUGUUCACCAACGCCAUCGUCCUCUUCAACGGUAGCAUAUUCUGGCUCCCGCCAGCGAUUUACAAGAGUGCCUGCAAGAUAGAGGUAAAACACUUUCCCUUCGACCAGCAGAACUGCACACUCAAGUUCAGGUCGUGGACGUACGACCACACCGAGAUCGACCUGGUCCUCAAGUACGGGGCGGCCAGCAUGGACGACUUCACGCCCAGCGGCGAGUGGGACAUCCUGGCGCUUCCUGGGAGGCGGACGGUCAACCCCCAAGACCCUACCUAUGUGGAUCUGACUUACGACUUUAUUAUCAAGCGAAAGCCGCUGUUUUACACCAUCAACCUGAUCAUCCCCUGUGUUCUCAUCACCUCUCUGGCCAUCCUGGUGUUUUACCUUCCCUCGGACUGCGGGGAGAAAAUGACGCUCUGCAUCUCCGUCCUGUUGGCUCUCACCGUGUUCCUCCUCCUCAUCUCCAAGAUCGUCCCGCCCACCUCGCUGGACGUGCCCUUGAUCGGCAAGUACCUGAUGUUCACCAUGGUGCUCGUGACGUUUUCUAUCAUCGCCAGCGUGUGCGUACUCAACGUGCACCAUCGGUCGCCCAGCACUCACACCAUGCCCGCCUGGGUGAAGCUCGUGUUCCUGGUGAAGCUGCCCGCCCUGCUCUUCAUGCAGCGGCCGCAGAGCAACUCCGCCAGGCAGAGGCUGCGCCACCAGAGGCAGCAGCGUGGCAGGAGGAACCUGCUGGGACUGGGUUACGCGGGACCCCGAAAAUCGACCAUGACCUCUUCCUCCUCCGUGCUGCUACCCUCUGCCUCGGCUCUCUCCUCCCCUGGACAUUUUUACAACAAGAACACGGGGGUGCCUUUUAGCUUCGCCCACCAGUCCAGGAAAGGGGACCUACGCCCGGGGGAAUGCCUGCCCAACGGCCACACGUUGGCCCAGGACCUGCGGCAAAGGGGAGGCGCAGACUGGGGGGCGGACAUCCAGGAGGCGGUGGACGGGGUUCGCUAUGUGGCUGAUCACAUGAUGGGAGACGACGAUGACCAGAGCGUGAUUGAAGACUGGAAGUAUGUUGCCAUGGUGGUGGACCGCUUGUUUUUGUGGAUCUUUGUGAUUGUGUGUGUGGUUGGGACCUUGGGCCUGUUCCUGCAGCCGCUCUUCCAAUCCUCUAGCGUUCCCAUCCAGCAGCCCAGCUCAGAGCCUCCUCGGAGGGACGGGAUGUGA